GAGCCCCCGCUGGGGACUUCUGUACAAUUCAAAGCUGGCACCUGCGUGCCACCCGGGGUCAGCAGGGUCUCUUGCUGCAUUCCUCAGCAAGGGUGCAGGGAGCCCUGGAGCCAAGCGGCAAACCCUAUCUCGGAUGGAUAGCACCUCAUGCCAGGAGCAGCUGCCUUUCCACCCCCAGCAGACUCCGGUCCAGCCUGUGGGUACCAUGCAUGGGGGGCAGAGAGAACAGGUCCCUUGAAGAGACUGAACAGGAGCCUUUCUGCCCAGUCACCCCAAAUCACCCGAAUAGUUUGUUUUGGGGCCCCACAGGUCAGCCCUUUGGGGGGCUCCAGUGUGAGGUACCAGGAUGGCGAUGGUCGAGCAGCUGCUGCACAUCCUGGAGGAACUGAAUGAGGAGGAGUUCAAGAAGUUCAUGUUUUGCCUGUCCCGCGUGGACACGGAUCCCCACAUACCAUCUGGGAAGCUGGACGGUGCCUCCCGUAUUCGGGUGGCUGAGCUGCUGGAGAAGAGGUACCCCAGGGAAGCACUAGACCUCACCAACCAGGUGCUGCACAAGAUCCCCAGGCGGGACCUGAUCCAGGGCAGCUGGCUCCAGGCAGGAGAAGCUGGGAACAGCAGCGAUGAUGCCAGUUGCAGCGAAGCUGUGAAUAGUGGCGCCGGAGCCAGGGAGCCGCGGGCACAAGAGAAGCAGCGUCUGGUGUCAGAGCAGCAGCUGAUGACGCUGGCAAGGAAAAUGGGCAAGACCUGGCAGCAGAUCGGCAUUGAGCUCCUGGGGCUGAAGAAGCACAGUCUGGAGCAGAUCGAGGAGAACAACCCCGGCAACGCCACAAUGCGAGCUUUCGAAAUGCUCCUGGAGUGGAGGAAACAAGCAAGGCAGGGGGCCAGCGCCAGCGCCCUUCACUCCCUCCUCUGCCAGGACACGGUGCUCCAGCCUGAGGCCCUCGAGUGCCUCCUGGACGCAGGCAGCACCUAAGGAGAUCUGGGAGGCAUAAGGGGGGUUAGUCCAGGGGCUGUAAGCAGGGCAAGUGUUAGACCCUCUGGAGCCCAAGGCAGAAAGCUAAAGCCCUGCUGUGCAGGGCUGAAGCCUGGGGCCCGGGGCCCUGAGCCCCGCCUCUCGGGCUGAUACCUGAGCAAUAUAGAAUCCUAGAACUAGAAGGGACCUUGAGAGGUCAGCAAGGCCCGGCCCCUGCCCUCGCGGCAGGACCCAGCGCCAUCUAGACCAUCCCUGACAGGUGUCUGUCUAGCGGUACCUGUUCUUUAAUAUCUUCAACAAUCGAGAUUUCACAACGCCCAGGCAAUUUAUCCCAGUGUUCACCACCCUGACAGUUAGAAAGUUUUUCCUAAUGUCCAACCGAAACCUCCCUUGCUGCAAUGUAAGCCCAUAGGUUGGCAGAGACCCCUCUGGCGUGGGGCAUCGGGAGUUGCCCUGCUUGCUACCUUCUAAUGAACAGAAGAAGAGCUGUGGCACUGGUGGGCCAUGGAGUUUCCAUAGCACGGCGGGAGGAGAGGAGGGCUCAGAAGAAGACUGAGAACUCCUGGUCCAGGGGUGGUGUGCCCUUGUAGGUAGGAACUGGCAGGGUUCUCUGGGGCCCUUGAGUCAGUUGUCAGUGGUGCUUUAGUUUUGAGGUGUCUGCCUGGCUUGCAGUGAGGACAAGCACCCACUGCUCCUGUUCAUUUCAGCCAGAGUGGAGGGCGCUUGGAAACCAGGCCAUGGGUGGUGCUCAGGAAUCAAUGGCCAUGCUGGAAAAUGCUGGUUGCCAUCCUUCUCCGUGCCUCCUUCCCCCAAUGCAGAGGAGGGAAACCUGUCUACACUUCAUUCCUCGAGAGAGAGAGGAAUGCAAAUGCAGACACCCGAAAUUGCAAAUGAAGCAGGGAUUUAAAUAUCUUGCUCCUCAUUUGCAUAAUCGUGUUAUGGCGCUAUUGCGGAAUAGUGUUAUUUCGAGAGAAACAAACGGGGUCAUUUCGAGAUAAAAUCCUUCCCUCAAAAUAACCUUACUCCUCAAUAACAGUCCUUGCGGGGGAGGGGAGACGCUCAGGGGCUGGGUGCACUUCCUUAAAGUCAUUUCGCUGCCAGCAGCUUCACGUGCCACUGAGGCAGGCUCCAGAUCUGUGUCUGGCUGCUUCCCCUCUCCAGCCUGUCACCAGGUGUUAGCUGGAAUGGGUGAGCUCUAGCAGGGGUCCUGGGAUGGCCCAGGGAAGGAACCAAGGAGCGGGGCAGGAGUGGGAGGAAUGGAUAGAAGCCGGUGGAGGAGGGGGAUACCUGUGAUCGGAGGCAGCAAUAAAAUGGCAGCGCAAGGCCCACUUUUUAAAUUUAAGCGGGACAGAAAGAUUUGCUGUCUUAGGCGUCGACACAGUGUUGACACAGUUAAAGUAACUUUUUUACAUCUUUUGAGCAAGAUUUGUUUUAUACUUUUAUCUGAAUUACAUUUUAUAUAUUAA